UGCCAGCUGUCAGUGACAAUCUUAUCGUUGUGCGACUAUGAAGUGCUGCUGACAACACUCUAUACGCGCGCGCAUAUAACUUUGUACAUAAAUGAAUACAUAGUAUACGGUUUUUGAUUUGCGAUGAUCUUUUUUUUUACUCUCGUAAUCGUCGACAUCUCCGGUGGAUCUCAGUUAGAAGGGAAUGAAGCAACAAAAACGUAACCGUAAAAGGCGUAAUGCUUCGCUAAAUAUCUUACUGUGUUCUAUGAAAUUAUAAUAGCGAAGCAACAAAUAUGUACUUACAAGUGAUCUUCCGCCAACAACAACAAUGCACUGCAGCAAUAUAAUCCGCGCUUACGAACACAGCGAUGGUAAACGCACCUACGAAAAGCGAUAAAUCUGUGUUUUGAAGUGAAAAAAAAAAAUAAAGAUAUACAUAUAAAUAGGUAGUGAAAUCAGUCAACACAUAUAAGAGAAGCAGCUGUAGAAAAAAUCACAUAGUGUUUAAAAUCGGAUAGUUACACUUAAGUGGCAUCUUUUUGGUUUGCAUCGCACCGCAACCAUCAACGUCCAGUCUUAUAUCUAUCCGAUAGCAUAAUAUUAGUGAGUUAGCUGCACUGCAAGUCACUAAAUACCUUCAGUUAUCAUUUUAAAUGCGCUAUAACUAGUGUUAUAUAACGAAAAUGCAACGAGAAAAUUCGAAUCCGCUUCAACAGCAGCAACAGCUGCAAUCGCAAUCGCAGUCGCAGUCUCAUCAAGAAAUGCAACAAUUCUCGAGUCAACAACAAUACUCGAGCAUGCAGCAGCAGCAACAAAGGAUUAGCCGCACCGAACAACGCACCGUCCAAAGUCAGCAAAUCACUCAACAAAGAGUGCAACAACAACAUGUAGGCGCUGGCGGUACCUACACUCCGCCAUCCCUAACGCACAUUUACGCUCAAGGCGAUAUUUCACCACCGAUAUUUGAGCAAAUUUUCAAGAACGCCCGCUUCGCUCAAGGCGGCAAUGCCCUCUUCGAGGGUAAGCUAUGUGGCAAUCCAAAGCCAUUCGUUUCUUGGACCCGAAAAGGCGCACCACUUCUCGAGUCACAAAAAUUCCGAAUGACCUACAACGAGGCCACCGGUGAAGUAUCGUUGCUGAUUAACCAAAUAGGACCUGGUGAUGAAGGCGAAUACACAUGCACCGCACGCAAUCAAUAUGGCGAGGCCAUAUGCAGUGUUUAUAUCCAGCCUGAGGGCGCGCCUAUGCCAGUGCUGCAGCCCGUUCAAAAACUCGAUAAGUCAUCGUACACCAACGGCUAUUCGUACACCUCGAUUGAGGAGGAGUUCCGUGUCGAUACAUUUGAAUAUCGCUUGCUACGCGAAGUGCAAUAUCGUGAGGCUAUUACACGGCGUUCGGCUUACGAACAAGAUCAACAUUUAACGCAGGAAUUGGACCGCACUUUGGGUGCUGCUCAUGCACCACAAUUAUCUCAGAAGCCACGUAGCUCGAAACUUAUUGAAGGUUCUGACGCCGUUUUCAGCGCUAAGGUGGGCUCUAAUCCCAAGCCACGCCUAACUUGGUUCCAUAAUGGUCAACGCCUGGUAACAUCGCAAAAAUACGAAACUUCAUAUUCCAGUGGUAUUGCUACGUUGCGGGUUAAGAACGCCACUUACCAAGAUGCCGGCCACUAUACGCUGCUCGCAGAAAAUACCCAGGGUUGCGUAGUCUCCUCAGCCGUUUUGGCUGUGGAACCAGCUGCCGAAAGUGCUCACGAACCGAAGCCAGUCGAUGUUACAGCAGAACAGCUGGAAGCUGGUAAAGCCUUGCCACCCACUUUCGUGAAGGGCUAUGCUGAUCGCGAAGUCACUGAGGGUCGCAUGACUCGUUUUGAUUGCCGCGUCACUGGCAAUCCUUAUCCUGAAGUUGUCUGGCUGAUCAACGGCCGUCCAGUCAAAGAUGAUGUAUCACAUAAGAUUCUUGUCAACGAAUCUGGUAGUCACUCGCUGAUGAUUACCAACGUCAGUCGUCUGGAUGCGGGCGCAGUACAGUGUUUGGCACGCAACAAGGCUGGUGAGGUUGCCAUCGAAGCGCAACUGAAUGUGUUGGAAAAAGAACAGAUUGUCGCACCACAAUUCGUUCAAAGAUUCAGCACAAUGACCGUACGUGAAGGCGAACCCAUCACUAUGAGUGCCAAUGCCAUCGGCACUCCAGUGCCACGCAUCACAUGGCAGAAGGACGGUGUGCAAAUUUCGUCAAAUAAUGAACGAUAUAUAGGUAUUGACGGUGGCGCCACCUGCUUGGAGAUUCCACGCGUCACGGCCACCGACGCAGGCUGGUAUCAGUGCACAGCACAAAAUAUUGCCGGCUCGACUGCUAAUCGCGCAAGACUCUAUGUAGAAGUUCCCAGAGAACAACCGACACAUGAACAAAGACGUCUCAAUUUACCGCGGCCAACGAAAAUCAUCGAACCAGAGCCUGUACCUGGUCCAGAAAUAAUUUAUUUACGCCAUGUAGAACGCGCAAAGCCACACUUGCGCCCCGGUGAGGAAGACCGCGUCUACCCACCGCCACAAUUUAUUAUACCAUUGCAUAACGUGCAACAAGUCGAAGGAAACAAGGUGCACAUGGAGGCACGCAUCGAACCUGUUGGUGAUCCAACUAUGGUCGUAGAAUGGUUCCUUAAUGGACAACCGUUGGCAGCAAGCUCACGCGCUACCUCUGUCUUCAAGUUUGGUUUCAUAGCGCUCGAUCUUUUGAGCAUUAUGACUCACGACUCCGGUGAGUAUAUGUGCCGCGUUAGUAAUGCUGCUGGUGUUGCUGAAUCUCGAGCCAUUCUUUCUGUCAUUCAACGCCCCUCCAUCGAGCAAAGCUCUCAGAAUCCAAAUAGUUUACAAUAUAUCAACCAAUUGGAGGAUUACUCACGCUACCAGCGUCAGGAAAGCUCGGAGGAACUAAUGAAUCAACCACCAGUUUUCAUCCGCCCGCUAAAGGACCUUGGCGAAUUCGAGGAGGGCAAAAAUGUGCACUUUGAAGCUCAAGUCAACCCAGUUAACGACCCCACAAUGCGUGUGGAAUGGUACAAGGAUGGCCGCCCGAUUACUGCUAGCUCGCGAAUCACUGCAAUCUUCAACUUCGGCUACGUCUCCCUUAACAUCUUGCACCUACGGGCUGAAGAUGCUGGUUCGUACACAGUGCGUGCAGUUAAUCGUGUAGGCGAAGCCACCAGUACCUCGAACAUACGUGUAAAUAUACGUUCUGAGGUGACCGCAGACUUGGGUAUACCCGAACAACAGCGUUACAUCGAGAAGGUUGAAGAGCUAGAGGACCACCGCAAAGCACAGCAACGUCGUCAUGUACAAGAGGUACCUGAGCCAAUCGGACCAGCACAAUUCAAAACUCCGAUCCAAAAUCAAUUGGAUAUUCGCGAGGGUGGACAUGCGCACUUUGAAGCCCGUCUCGAACCAAUCGGCGAUGCUACUAUGCGCGUGGAAUGGCUCAAGGAUGGUCAACCGCUGGAAGCUAGCUCCCGUAGCACCACCUUCUUCAACUUCGGCUAUGUUGCACUGACCAUAAAGCAACUGACAAUUUACGAUGCCGGUACUUACACUUGUCACGCCUACAAUGCCAUCGGACAGGAUACGACUACAGCGCAGUUGACUGUGCUUUCAAAGAAGGAUAUUGUCUCUGACACCCAACACCCAGGUGGCUUGGAAAAACUACAGCACUUGGAGGAUUCUACGCGUUAUGGACGCACUGAAGAGGAGGAGACAAAAGUCACACAAAUUCCACGUUUCCUCGGCCCAAUGAAGGGAACCAAUAAAAUUUUGGAAGGACAAAGAGCUCACUUCGAAGCACGCGUCGAGCCACAAAGCGACCUUAGUUUGCAGAUUGAAUGGUAUCACAAUGGGCGUGCCAUUAGUGCAGCUACACGCAUUCAAACCUAUCAUGACUUUGGCUAUGUCGCUUUAGAUAUAUCGCAAGUACGUGCCGAAGACGCAGGUGUCUACACUGUGGUAGCCAGAAAUAAGCUAGGUGAAGCACAAUUACAAGGAACGAUGGUAGUAGAAACUCGUUCCAGCAUCGAUACAUCUAGCAUGCAUCGCGGCCUCUACGAAAAGACUCAAAACAUGGAGAACAGACCAUUUGUUGAGCCUCAAUACGACAUUGAGGAGAUCUCCAAGUCAAAGCCAAUUUUUGUACAACCACUCUCCGACCAUAAGCCCAUACAUGAAGGCAAAAAUAUUCACUUGGAAUGCCGUCUCGAACCAAUGGGUGACCCCACCAUGCGCGUUGAGUGGUUCCAUAAUGGUCGUCCCAUUACCGUUGGCUCACGCUUCCGCACGUACUACGACUUCGGCUUCGUAGCGCUAGAUAUUGUGCAGGCUACCGCUGCUGACUCCGGUGAAUACACUUGCCGCGCCACCAACCAUUUGGGUUCAGCUCAUACUUCUUCGUGCGUGCGUGUUAUUGAUCGCUCAGAUAUUGUGACAGAGACACAAAACGAAAUGUCACUUGAGCAAAUACAACAACUGGAGGACGCUACACGCCGUCGCCAUCAUGUCGAAGAAGACAUCACCGUCAUGCAGGCUCCACAAUUCACGCGUGCUCUACAUAAUAUUGAAACUGUUGAGGGCACAAAUGUUCAUCUGGAAUGCCGUUUGCAGCCGGUCGGUGACCCAAGCAUGCGCGUAGAAUGGUUCGUCAAUGGAAAACCAGUUAAAACUGGUCAUCGAUUCCGUCCAGCCUAUGAGUUUGACUAUGUUGCACUUGAUUUGCUGGGAUGUUAUGCUGUUGACUCGGGUGUAUACACCUGCCAGGCCCGCAAUCAGCUUGGCGAAGCUGUCACUUCAUGCUCUGUGCGCAUUAUGGCUAAAAGCGAUCUGAUAUUGGAGACACAAAAUGAGUCUGGUCUGCAGAAGAUUGCCUAUUUGGAGGAUUCGUCUCGUUACCGACGCAGCGAAUAUGUUGACGAGGUUGUCAAUGUGCGUCCACGUUUCCUUACUCAUCCGAAGAGCCUGACAAAUAUGCGUGAGGGUGGUCAUGCCCACUUUGAGUGCAAAAUCGAACCAGUCACCGAUCCCAACUUGAAGGUGGAAUGGUUUAAGAAUGGACGUCCCAUCACAGUCGGUCACCGAUUCCGACCCAUUCAUGAUUUUGGAUACGUAGCGUUGGAUAUUGUCGAUCUAAUUGCUGAGGACUCUGGCGUUUACACUUGCCGCGCAGUCAAUUUGAUUGGCUCCGAUGAGACACGUGUAGAAUUGCAGUGCCGCAGCAGUGACCAAAUUGUUACUGUUACCCAAAAUGAGGCAGGCCUCGAGCAGAUUCACUAUUUGGAAGAUCGUUCGCGCUAUACACGCCGUGAAGAAAUCGACGAAACUACCAAACAAGCACCAGUGUUUACAACUUCUUUGAAGAACGUCGAAAUUAAGGAAAAUCAACGCGCGCAUUUCGAAUGUCGCUUAAUACCGGUAUCCGAUCCCUCAAUGCGCGUCGAGUGGUACCACAACAACUUGCCACUGAAAUCUGGCUCUCGCUUUACUGAAACCAAUAAUUUCGGUUUUGUCGCUCUGGACAUUAUGUCCUGCUUACCUGAGGAUGCCGGUACUUAUACCUGCCGUGCCUACAACGCUGUCGGUGAGGCCAUCACUUCCGCCGUUGCUAUUGUCCACACCAAGAAGUCCAUCUACUUGGAAUCACAGCACGAAAGCGCUUUGCCCCGCCUACAACAUUUGGAAGAUGGCGCCAAGCGCCAGCGCAUGAGCGUGCAAGAAGAGGUGGUCAGCCAGGCACCAGUCUUUACUUUGCCUGUGCGCGAUGUACGCGUCGCUGAAGGCCAAGCCGUACACUUUGAAGCUCGUCUCAUCCCAGUUGGCGAUCCCCACUUGAAGGUAGAAUGGUUGCGCAAUGGACAACCCAUUGAAGCCUCAAAUCGCACCACCACUAUGCACGAUUUUGGAUAUGUUGCAUUGAACAUGAAGUAUGUCAAUCCAGAAGACUCUGGCACCUACACUUGUCGUGCCGUGAACGAGCUCGGCCAAGCGGUUACCUCAUCUUCACUAAUCGUGCAAUCUAAAACAUCAAUUCAAAUGGAAACUCAACACGAGGCCGCUAUGCAUAAGAUUCACCAGCUAGAAGAUCAUACCAAAUAUCAACGUCGCGAAGAGGAAGAAUAUGUGGUUAGUCAACCUCCACGUUUCGUCACAAAAUUGAUCGGUCCUACCAACUUAGUUGAGGGACAGAGCGCACACUAUGAGUGUCGCAUUGAACCAUACCCUGACCCUAACCUCAAGGUAGAAUGGUUCCACAAUGGCAAAGCAUUGAGCACAGGUCACCGGUUCCGCACCACAUAUGACUUUGGUUUCGCCGCUCUGGAUAUACUUACCGUUUAUGCUGAGGACAGCGGCGAAUAUACCUGUCGUGUUACCAACAAACUGGGCGAAGCGGUCAACUCCAUUAGCCUGAAUGUGCAGUCGCGUUCAGCGAUCAUUAGAGAAACACAGCACGAGGAAGCAUUACAGAAGAUCCAACACUUGGAGGAUGAGUCGCGCUUUCAACGCAAGGUCGAGGAAGAUCAAUUUCAUGCCGAGCGCCCACAAUUCGGACGUCCAUUACGCAACGCGAACGUAAACGAAGGCACUCCCGUACACUUAGAGGCCACCUUGACACCAGUCAAUGAUCCAACUAUGAAGGUGGAAUGGUACUGCAAUGGCAUGCCCAUUCAAACUGGUCACCGCUUCAAGACCACUUACGAUUUCGGCUUCGUCGCUUUGGAUAUACUAUACACGCAUGCUGAAGAUACCGGCACUUACAUGUGCAAAGCCAAGAAUGCCGUAGGGGAAGCUGUCACGACUUGUGCUGUAAACGUAACAGCAAAUAAGACAUUGGAUCUUGACACAAUGGACGCCCAGCGUUUGGAGAAGAUUCGCCAACUUGAGAACUACGCACCUCCCACCAAGCCUGUUGUGGAGGAGAAGGGCCAGAAACCAAUUUUCCUGACACCUCUCAGCAAUUUGGAACAUCUUAAGGAAGGCGAACAUGCUCACCUGGAGUGUCGUGUCGAGCCCAUAAAUGACCCUAACUUGAAGAUUGAAUGGUUCUGCAAUGGCAAACAGCUGCCAAUGGGACACCGCUUUAGAACCACACACGAUUUUGGUUAUGUCGCCUUGGACAUCUUGUAUGUCUAUGGUGAGGAUACCGGCACGUACAUGUGCAAGGCUACGAACUUGCUUGGCGAAGCUGUCAACACUUGUAAUGUUCGUAUUUUGAACCGACGCAGCAUGAUUUUAGAUACCCAACAUCCAGAUGCCUUGGAGAAAAUCCAGAAAUUGGAAGCCAAGGCAGCACCUGCGCGCAGCGAACCUGGCGACUUGCCUAUUGGUCCGCCACACUUCACAGUCGAGCUGCGUGGCACUACUGAGAUCUUUGAAGGCCAAACAGCUCACUUUGAGGCACAAGUAGCGCCAGUUCACGAUCCAAACUUGCGCAUUGAAUUCUACCAUAAUGGAAAACCACUGCCAUCGGCUUCACGUUUCCACAUUACUUUCGAUUUUGGUUACGUUUCGUUGGACAUCACACACGCUGUGCCGGAGGACGCUGGUGAAUACUCUGUUCGUGCCGUCAACGCAUUGGGUCAGUGCGUUUCUUCGACUAGUUUGAAGGUUAAUGCUCGUGGCACAAUCAUUUCGGAAACUCAACAUCCGGAAGGUUUGGAGAAGAUUCGCAAACUCGAAUCGAAUGCUCCAUUCCAGCGUCCCGAAGUAGAAACACCGGGUACACGCCAACGCCCGGUGUUCACGCAGCCUCUGCAGAACAUCGACCGUAUUAAUGAGCAUCAAACUGCGCACUUUGAGUGCCGUCUUAUUCCUGUCGGUGAUCCCAAUCUGAAGGUCGAGUGGUACCGCAAUGAGAAGGUUAUUGAGGAUAGCUCGCGUAUUACCAAACAACACGAUUUCGGCUUUGUUUCCUUGGACAUUUCACACAUCCGUAAAGAAGACGAGGGUGUAUACAUGUGCCGCGCUGUUAAUCCCCUUGGUGAAGCUGUCACAACUGCUUCCAUGCGCGUUGUUACCGAAGCAUCAAUUCAAAUGGACACUCAACAUCCUGACAGUAUAAGUCGCAUACACCAACUCGAACGUCCAGCCGCACCACGUGCCGAAGAGCCAGAACGUGCUUUCGAGAAACCAAUCUUCACGCAACUGCUUACUGGUCCAUCUGAGCUGUGGGAAGGACAGCAUGCUCACUUCGAGGCACGCGUGGUGCCCGUGGGCGAUGCAUCACUGAAAUUCGAAUGGUACGUAAAUGGCGUGGAGUUGCAGAUGGGCUCACGUCUUCGCACUACUCAUGAUUUCGGUUUCGUUACACUCGAUAUCAAUGCCGUUGUGCCUGAAGAUGCUGGUGUGUACAUGUGCCGCGCCUAUAACGCUGCCGGCGAAGCUGUCUCAUCCACCGCCAUGAAGGUGAAGACAAAGGCCAACAUCGCUGGUGAACCAUUGAUUCCGGAAUCCUGGGAAGCCAUUCGCCAGAAAGAGGCCGCCAUGAAUCGGGUGCCAGAGAUGUUUGUAGACACCACCCCACAACAAGCACCAGUCUUCACCACGCAUUUGCAGAGCUUCGACAAGCUCUCGGAAGGUCAGCACGUUUUACUUGAGGCUCAAGUUGAGCCACGUGCCGACCCGAACUUGCGCAUUGAGUGGUUCAAAAAUGGUAUCUCACUGACCACUGGCUCGCGCAUACGCAGCACUUUUGACUUUGGCUUAGUUACCCUAUCUAUCAAUGGACUCCGCGCCGAUGACUCAGCCAUUUAUACUUGCAAAGCCACAAACCAAAUCGGUGAAGCUGUCUCGACAUGCAGUCUCAAGAUUGAAGAUCGUCAUUGGUUGCAAGGCGAGUCAAUACAUCCAGACUCCUUGCCACGCAUUGGCGAAUUAGAAGCACCCAAGCCGGGACGCCCUGAAGCACCUGAGCCAGUUUAUGAAGUUCCUGUCUUCACUACUCAUUUGAAUAACAUAGAAUGCAAAGAGGGUGAUAACGUACGUUUCGAGUCGAUGGUUGAACCAUCACGUGAUCCUACAAUGCAGAUUGAAUGGUUCUACAAUGGCCAAGCCUUACAAGCUGCUGCCAAAUUUAAGUCCAUUUACGAUUUCGGCUAUUGUGCGCUGGAUUUGACUAACACAUAUCCUGAGAAUAGCGGAGUAUACACACUGAAAGCCACCAAUAGCAAAGGAUCGGCCACUACCUCUGGCACACUUAAGUGCACAGGCGGUAGGACCUUUAUCCUGGACACUCAACAUCCGCAAGGUGAGGCUGGCCUGGAGGCCGUUAGGGAAACUGAAGAGGAAUUGGCUAAUCGUUAUUCACGCCAAGUAUCAAAACCCGAAACUCAGUAUCCAGCACCAGUUUGGACGAAGCCCCUGCAAGCUGAGUUCCAUCUUUCCGAAGCACAAUCCUUGCACUUGGAAGGUAAUGUUGAGCCGAAAGAAGAUCCGAACCUAUUCAUUGAAUGGUAUUUCAAUGGAAAAAUUCUUCAGCAUGGCUCUCGCUUCAAGAUGACCAGUGAAUUUGGUUUUGUUACCUUGGACUUGAUUGAAGUCUAUGAGCGCGACCAAGGUAUUUAUACGUGCAAGGCUUACAAUAAGGCUGGUGAGGCCUUUACCACAACAACCAUUUUCUGUACAAGCAAGGAAAGUAUUAUCGAAAGGACGCAACAUCCUAAGGGUGCAGAAGGUUUGGAACAAAUCCAAGAUUUAGAAGAGUCACUCCGCAAGGACGGAAAGAAACCGGAACAGCCUGAAGAAGCCAUGGCUCCUCGCUUCACCACUGAAUUCAUUGACAUCAAGGAUGUUGGUGAGGGUGAGAUUGCCCACUACGAAGCCAACCUCAUACCCACUGGUGAUCAAAGUAUGGUCAUUGAAUGGUUCUACAACGGAAAAGUGUUGGAAGCUAGUCAUCGCGUGCGCACCAUCUAUGCUUUCGGUAUGGUCGCCCUAGAAAUUCUUGGCACCAAAAUCGAAGACUCUGGCACCUACACCUGCCGCGCCACUAACAAAUAUGGCAGCGCUGAGAUUAGCUGCGUGUUAGAGUGCGUUGAGAAGCCGCGUGGCCAGAAACCACGUUUCACCUCACACAUCCAGUCACUAGAAGGACUCAAGGAUGGACAGUCGGCGCACUUUGAGUGCACACUCAUACCAGUCAACGAUCCCGAUCUCAAAGUCGAAUGGUAUCACAAUGGAAAAUUGUUGCGCCAUUCGAAUCGCAUCAAGACCGUGUCUGAUUUCGGUUAUGUGGUAUUGGAUGUUUCCUAUUUGCAAGACCAUGACAGUGGUGAAUACAUGUGCCGCGCCUACAACAAAUACGGCGAAGAUUUUACUCGCGCAACCCUCAAUUGCCGCGGUCGAGGUGGCGUGUUCUAUGAUAGUUUACAGCCCGAUUCACUACCAAGAAUUCGUGAGCUGGAAUGCCCACAAGGACAACAGGGUGAUACCAGUGCACCAGUGGUUACCGAACCACCCAAAUUUAUCACACAAAUUACGGACAUCACCAAAUUGGUUGAGGGACAGAGUGCACACUUCGAAGCGCGCCUUACACCAGUCACCGAUCCAGAUUUGAAAGUGGAAUGGUAUUUCAAUGGCAAGAAGUUGCCACACGGACACCGUUUCCGUACCUUCCACGACUUUGGCAUAGUUAUUUUGGAUAUCUUAUACUGCUAUGAAGAGAAUUCUGGUAUUUACGAAUGCCGUGCUGUUAAUAAGUACGGCGAAGAUGUAACACGCGCCACGCUGAAGUGCACAUCUAAGGCGAAUCUGAUUCUUGACUCACAGCUACCACGUGGCAUGGAGGGCGGUUUGGAAAAGAUCGCUAAUCUGGAAUAUAGCAUGAUUCGUACACGCGAUGAAACUGUUGAAGAAACCAAAGGAAAGGCGCCAGUUUUCACUGUGCCACUUGAGAACAUUGACAACCUGCGCGAAGGUGAGAAUGCACACUUUGAAGCACGCGUCACCCCAACUGAUGAUCCUCGUCUCCGUGUUGAAUGGUUCUGGAAUGGACGCCCACUUAAGGCGGGCUCACGUUUCCGUACUUUCUGUGACUUUGGUUUCGUAAUCUUGGAAAUCUCGCCCGUCUAUCCUGAGGACUCAGGUGAAUAUUCUUGCCGGGCAAUCAACGAGUACGGUGAAGCUGUCACCACUGCAUCCAUGAAGAUUCAAGGCAAACGCAGCAUUAUCAUGGAAUCUCAAUUGCCGAAGGGCAUGGAGGGCACCAUUGAUCGUAUUGCUGAACUUGAGGGUCUGGGUAUGCGCAGCACAGAAUUCGUGCCAGAAGACGAUAGCGGCAAGCCACCAGAGUUCAUAACUACACCAUUCGACAUGGUGAUUACGGAAAAUUCGCUUGCACACUUCGAGUGCCGCUUGCAGCCUGUUAACGAUCCAAGCAUGCGUGUCGAUUGGUUCCAUAACGGUAAAGCUCUGUGGGCUGGUUCCCGCAUCAAGACCAUCAACGAUUUUGGUUUUGUCAUUUUGGAAAUUGCCGGCUGCUAUCAACGCGAUUCCGGUUUAUAUACUUGUAAGGCAACCAAUAAGCAUGGCGAGGCUACCGUUUCGUGUAAGCUGCAGGUGAAGGGACGCCAGGGCAUUGUUGUCGAGCCACAACUACCCUCUAACUUCCGCACAGGCACGGAAAGCUUGCAGAAAUUGGAAGAAAGCAUGCACAAGCGCGAAGAAAUAGUCAUCGACGAAGAGCAACCAAAUCCACCUAAAUUCACUGAGGAUAUCAAAGACAACAUCGACGUACCCGAAGGUGGGCCAAUUCACUUCGAUUGCCGUGUCGAACCAGUUGGUGACCCAACCAUGCGCAUCGAUUGGUUCUACAAUGGACGCCCAAUGCCGACAGGCUCGCGUGUACAUCAACUAAACGAUUUCGGUUUCAUUGCCUUGGAUAUCGAUUACAUCUACACUCGUGAUGCUGGUGAGUACACUUGCCGUGCCACCAACAAAUGGGGCACUGCAACAACAACUGCCAAGGUUACCUGCAAGGGAAAACAUAGCAUCGUCUACGAUACACAAUUGCCUGACGGCAUGACUGCUGAAAAGUUGAAAGAACUUGAGCGUGGCCGCAUACCCGAUGUGCCAAAGAUUGAAGAACCCGAUUUCGGACCACCAGAAUUCACAUCGGAAAUUCAAAACGUCACAGUCGAAGAAGCCGAAGCUAUGCGCUUCGAGUGUCAAGUGGAACCAAAAACCGAUCCCAAUUUGCGUGUAGAAUGGUACCGUAAUGGCAAAUUAUUACCCAGCGGACAUCGUUACAGAACCAUUUUCGAUAUGGGUUAUGUUUCGCUUGAUAUUCUGUAUGUCUAUGCUGAGGACUCAGGCGAAUAUGUGUGCCGUGCAGUGAACAAACAUGGCGAAGCGCGCACAAAAGCAACUAUUUCUUGCAAGAAAUUGCCAACAAUUAUAUUACAAAACCAAGUGCCACGUGGCAUGAAACGCACCGAAACUCUCACACAAAUGGAAGCCACUAUCAAGAAGUACACUUCUGAGGUGCAUCUGACUGAGGAUGAUCUCUUCGAUCCAGAUCGCAAGCAGCCACCACGUUUUGUCACACAAAUCAAGGACAAAACUACUCUUACCGAAAUGGCAACCAACAAAUUUGAAUGUCAAUUGGCGCCAGUUGGUGAUCCGAACAUGAAGGUCGAAUGGUUCUUCAAUGGCAAACCGCUGUUUUACAAGAAUCGCUUCCAGCCCAUCUACGAUUUUGGUUAUGUGGCAAUGAACUUUGGUUGGGUUUAUCCAGAGGAUAGCGGUGAAUAUGUAUGCCGCGCCACGAAUCUCUAUGGCAAAGAUGAGACCCGUGCAUUAAUUAAGGUAUCUGGCAAGCCCGGUAUUGUCUACGACUCACAAUUGCCCGCUCAUAUGGCGGAAGCUUCUAUUCAGCGCAUACGUGAAAUGGAAGCCUCAUGGCAAGUUGUUCCAGAGGAGGUCGAUCCUGAUGCGAAACCAAGAGCUAAACCAACUUUCGUCAGCAAAUUGGAACCACAAACUGUUGAGGAGGGCGAGCCGGCACGUUUCUGUGUACGCGUAACUGGCCAUCCACGUCCCAGAGUUAUGUGGCUCAUCAAUGGUCAUACCGUUGUACAUGGCUCACGUUACAAAUUAACGAACGAUGGAAUGUUCCAUUUGGAUAUUCCAAAAACACGACAAUACGAUACAGGCAAAGUCGAAGUGAUCGCACGCAAUUCGGUUGGUGAAGCGAUUGCGACCACCCAACUGAACGUGGUAGAGCGUUCAGAUGAUUAUCGCGGCGUAUUGAAGAACUCACCGCGUCCUUGGUAUGAUUAUGAACUAACUGCUUACCAAAAAGAGCGUCAAGAAACUGAAUUGGAAAAGAUAUUCGAUGAACGCAAGCAGUAUUUGGCCGAACAGGGCAAACCAUUGAAGGGUGUCGAACACUUGAAACCGAAGCAGAUCAAACCUGAAGCUCCCGAAUGGCAACAAACUGUUAAUGCCAAGAAGAGUGAGGACUACUACAGCAAACUGCAAGAACUGGAAACGGAGCAAUUGCUAAAGGAGACCAAUUUGCGACAGGAAUCUCAUCAAUAUGCGAUACCCGGUGAAAAGGUCGUACAGAAAUCUGCUGCCAAGGGCAUGGCGCAAUCAUACGAGCAGAAUUUGGAAGAACAAUCGUCCGCAACUACUGCUGCUAAGAAGGUUGUGAAGAAAGCACCAGUUGAACCCACUGAAUCGUCUGUACAUGGCCGCGAGGUCAUCAUGAAUAAACAACAGCAGACCCAAAAGGAAGUUGUUGGUGAUUUGGAGAUAACGCGCAAAAUUACUGCAACCGAAACCACUGAAAUGGAACACAAGGGCACCGUGCAGGAGCGCGUAGUGAAGGGCCCCGUAAAACCAUCGAAACCACCAGUGUUCACGAAGAAAAUUCAGCCUUGCCGCGUGUUCGAGAACGAGCAAGCCAAAUUCGAGGUGGAAUUCGAUGGGGAGCCAAUGCCAACUGUAAAGUGGUACCGUGAAAACUUCCCCAUCAAGAGUUCACCAGAUUUGCAAAUUCACACCUUCAGUGGCAAGUCCAUACUCAUCAUACGCCAGGUGUUCGUCGAAGAUUCGGCUGUAUUCUCAUGCAUCGCCGAGAAUCGUGGUGGUACCGCCAAGUGCAGCGCCAAUUUGGUGGUUGAAGAACGUCGUCGUGCCGGCAAGGGUGGUCUAACACCGCCUAGCUUUGUCAAUGUCAUUCAAAGCACCACUGUAUCCACCGGUCAGUUGGCACGUUUCGACGCCAAGCUAACUGGCUCACGCCCCAUGGAUGUUUAUUGGUUGAAGAAUGGUCAAAAGAUACAGCCAAGCAUCAAAUUCAAAAUGCUUGAAGAGGACAACCUCUACACUCUACUCAUAAUCGAACCAUUCGCCGAAGAUUCCGGCCGCUAUGAGUGCGUCGCCGUCAAUGUAGCUGGCGAAGCACGUUGCGAUGCCGACUGCAUUGUACAAUCGCCUACUAAACCUGAGAAACCCACCACACCUGGCAGCGAAAAGCCACCACACAUUGUAGAGAAAUUGAAGAGUCAAUCAGUGGAAGAAGGUAGCAAAGUGAUUUUCCGUUGCCGCAUUGAAGGCAAGCCCACACCGACGGCACGCUGGCUGCGUGGUGAAAAUAUUGUGAAACCAUCGCGUUACUUCCAAAUGACACGUCAAGGUGAAUAUUAUCAACUGGUGAUUUCCGAAGCAUUCCCUGAGGAUGAGGGCACAUACAAGUGCGUCGCUGAGAAUAAGCUGGGUAGCAUUCAGACCAGCGCUCAAUUGAAGGUGCGUCCAAUUGAGAAUCUCGAUGCACCACCAACCAUCACCGCACUGAAGGAUGCCUCCGUGACGGAGGGUAUGCCAGCACAAUUUAAAACCACCGUUACCGGAAAAGUGAAGGCCACCAGUGUUCAAUGGUUCCGAGAGGGUGCUCUCAUACCGGAAACCCCCGACUUCCAAAUGAUCUUCGAUGGAAAUAGUGCCGUACUACUUAUUGGAACAACUUAUGAGGAGGAUUCGGGCAUUUUCACGGUUCGUGUUACCUCAUCAACUGGACAGGUCGAGUCGUCAGCUAAGUUGACUGUUAAAAGUAAGGAUUGAAUUAAUAAGAAAUAA